AUCAAUUCCCUCGUCGAGCAGUUCCUUUAAAAAGCACCACAGAAGCCGGCUGCAGCAGCGACGACUUCAGCCACCGGGGACCCACGCACCACCGAGUCGACUCUCGCGCUUCAUCCUUUUUUUUUUCCCACCCCUCCUGCCUCUUCUUCCUCCGCACGAACCCCUUCAGCCAAGAUGACUGAGACGGUAACCAGGACUCACUGCGAUGCCACGCAACAGAUCGCGGGGGCCAUGGCAGACCGCUCGACGGUGGAGGAUGUUUUUGACGUAACCUACAAAGAGAAAGAUGGACCCAAGCCGCCGACCGCUCUGGUGUGGAGAAAUAUCGUGCUGAUGUCCGUCCUUCAUGCCGCCGCUCUUUACGGACUGGUUCUUCUUCCAUCUGCGUCAGUUCCAACUCUUGCAUGGACUGCAGUGUGCUACUUGAUCAGUGCCCUCGGUGUGACUGCGGGGGCACACAGAUUAUGGAGCCACAGAUCCUACAAGGCCGCUUUCCCUCUGCGAGUCUUCCUCGCUCUCGCCAACUCCAUGGCCUUUCAGAAUGACAUAUACGAGUGGGCAAGGGACCACCGUGUCCACCACAAGUACUCUGAGACGGAUGCAGACCCCCACAAUGCCACGCGCGGCUUCUUCUUCUCCCACGUCGGUUGGCUGAUGGUCCGCAAACAUCCGGACGUCAUUGAAAAGGGCAAAAAACUGGAGCUGUCGGACUUGAAGGCUGAUAAAGUGGUUAUGUUCCAGAGACGGCACUACAAGCUCUCCGUGGUGAUCCUUUGCUUCCUCCUGCCCACCAUUGUGCCCUGGUACUUCUGGGGGGAGUCCUUGACCGUGGGAUACUUCGUCCCUGGGCUGCUAAGAUACGCUGUGAUGCUCAACGCCACCUGGCUGGUCAACAGCGCUGCGCACCUCUGGGGCAACAGGCCAUAUGACCAGACCAUUAACCCAAGGGAAAAUCGACUGGUGGCUUUCAGUGCCAUAGGGGAAGGCUUCCACAACUACCACCACACGUUCCCCUUCGACUACGCCACCAGUGAGUUUGGCUGCAAGCUGAACAUCACCACCGCCUUCAUAGACACCAUGUGCUUCUUCGGACUGGCCAAGGACACCAAAAAGGUGUCGAAGGAAAUCAUCGCGGCGCGCAGGCAGCGAACGGGCGACAGCAACAAAAGUGGCUGAGUCCUCCCGGCUCUCUAACUGAUACCUAAUGUGUCGAACCAAGACAGAACGUAGCAGCAGGUAUAGCAGCAUUUCUGUGGCGGUUGGGGGUGAUUACCAUGCUUCUGAAUAUACAAGAUAAACCUUCCUCCUGAGACUAAUAUUGGCUUUUGAGAGUUGUAGACUUCCCUUAAAUGUGUGGGUCUCUUAAGUUUUUGAAGUGUCCUCACCAACUAUUAGUCACAGCCAGUGGCUACAUGUGCAAGCACAGCGUUUCACCAUAAUAUAUAUAGAUAUAUAAAAAAAGGCACAGAGAGAAUAAAAAAAGCCUAAUUGUGAUUGAAUGCUCUUUUGGCAGCAGUAGAACAACCAGAAUCUGUGCAGUGAUUACAGAAUAAUUGACUGAGUGUCUUAAUUGUUAAUGUGCUAUUUAUUAAUCUUGGGCACUUUGAAAGCUUUAUUGAAACUCCUAACAUUGAGGUUUCUCUACAGGUGAUACUGAGGGCCUUUUUGCUCUAACUUCUGUCAGUACUGCUUUGUCUCAUUCCACAAGGGGUGCAGUGUCCUUGUAUUUUUGUCUGUUAUAAGCUAAGGUCCUCUAUUUUUGGUAAGCUCGUAGUCUUACGAAAUCAUAAGCUGCUGUGGUCAAGGCCAACACCAAGACUGUCAACGCUCAAUUGAACUGCCCUUUAUUUAUCAUACCAGGGUGAAUACAGUACAAAUGUGUUAUACUUUAGAAUAUUUUUACACCCACUGUCUUCAACUGUACAAGAGUGGUUCUCAAUGAGGAUAAAACUCUCUGGUGUAAUGCAUUGUAUACCACUCGUUGAGUAGCGACGCAGACUCUGAAUCAGACUGAAACCUAGAACCAGACUUCUCACUCAAACUGAAAAGAUAUAUAUUUGCAUUUAUUUUGUAUUCAUUUGAAAUACACUCGGAGACAAGGUCUCUUAGAACUGGCUCAUGAAGGAAUUGCCUUGUGCUGUAUGAUAUAUAUGGUUGAAACUUGUGUCAGGACUCUUGCCCGAUUGCCUUAUUUGGGUCGCACACCUGAGAAAAAGAAAUUUAAAAAGUGCAAGUUAUGAAAAUAAAUUAGGGUUCAUCCCAGUUUUUGUCUGUCUCUUUAUAAGGAACACUUCAAUUUAAAAUCGCUUAUUUAUAAUGAACGAGGGACUAUUCAAACUACAUCAAAUCUUAAAAUUAACUGAUUUAACAUUUGCAAAACCAAACAAGAUCCAAACUUGUUAUUUCAUUAAUGAAAAUGCUGUGAUAUUUGUCACACAUACUCUUUUACAGAGCAACACUAUGUUAACUCCUUGAAGUUAGAUUGCCUUAAAAAUGGCACUUUUUUUUUUUGAAAGUAUAUUUUUGCCCACUGUAUGUACCGUAAAUAAACCAAAUUUUCUACUUGUGACAUGUGUUUGCUGUUUUUGUUCAAAUUCUGUAAUGUUCCUCAUUCGUAUACUGAAUAAAAGUAUGACCAUA